GGGUGAAUUUCAACGUAAGAGGGCAUAUACUAGUCCUUGCAUAACAUUUUCGACACAAAUGUGUCGCACAAUACAACAAAUAAUAGCGAUCUAAUUCGUAAAAGUAGGUUAAAAAAAUACGACAGGUUGUACUCAUGAUUAAUGUUCAAAUCCUUGGGUGAAAAGUGUGUGUGUUAUGGCACAACAGUUCGGUGGAAACUGACGCUAUUUAUACGCUGACAUUUGACUUCCUGGAGAUUUCCUGUCAGAACAACAGCGGGGCAAACUACUUCCAUGAUCUACUCAGCUGCAGUACACACAGACGCCAUCGUUGCUGCUACAAGGAAGGCUGAAAUUCAAGAGAGCCAGGAUGGACUCCAGGUCUCGCAGGCUUCCUUUCUGCCUGUCCACUACAAGGUCAUCAUUCACUUCUAGUCCCACACCAUCGUCGUCCUCAUCACUGGGCUCCAACAGGCUGUACAGCAGGGACACGGUGCUGAAUGAGCGCUUUCCCAGGGCGUCAACAACUUUCAAAGCAGACGUGGACCAAAUGAGUUCCCGCCUCCUGAGCUCAUCCAGAGACUACAACAACUUCGACGGCCACAACAGCAGCUGGAAGUUGCCGACCUCUGUCGCUUCUCCCACCCGAUCCUAUGAGCAUCUGUGGACAGAAUUGUCACUCAGCAGCAGGACUAAACUGGCUGAUUCUGAUGAGAGGUUAGGUCGGUCCAGUCUGUUGACUUCCACUGAUGAUGGUGAUUCUAAACGGGCCAAAUUGGCAUACAGCAACAGAGGACUGUACUCAAGAGCGACCACCACUUCCCUUACAGGGUCCACCUACUCAAGUAGUGGGCAUAACAAUGCCAGAGCUACCAAUAAGGAAAAACAAAGUGAUUCAUUGGAGUCGUCGUGGAGCUCCAGCCGUUUCCUCUCGCGGUCUUCCACCUCUUCUUCAAAGUCGCUGUUGUCCAGCAGAGACGCCGAGACACAGAAUGAUCCGAGUCUGUCUGUACAGCAAGAAAGGAGGACAAGGAUCUCUGAAUUGACGUCUUCAUUGUAUCAGACAGACCGCGUGACUUCUACGUACGCCCAAGGUGCUCGACCCAAAGAUACCGCCUACUCCUCGUCAUCCUUUUCUACUGCACGAGAAAGCUCUCCAGGUCAUCACGUGUCCUCCUCCACUGCUAAUCGCUUUUCUUUGGCCCGCAACUUAAACAGACCCUCUACUCGUGUUUUGAAUGGCUCAUCCAGCCGUCCUUCAGCUCAUGAACACAGCGACUCAUCCGCUUCCUCCUCCUCACACUCACCCUGGUACAGCACCCCGCCGGCUAGACCAGAUGUCCCGCUCCCUCCGAGACCCGCCCCUGUAGGCGCAGAACCACAAGGGCGGUCCUCUACUCGUCAGCUUUUGUCCCGCCUCUUCUCGCGCAGCUCCAGCCAGGACUCCUCGAGCAGCUCGUCGACCCUCGAUGACGAAAGUCUGUCUUUGGACAGUGACGAGGGCGCCAGGAUGUCUGCAGUGGAGCCAGACUCUAGAAGAUGGCAGGCCAACACAUCCAGCAGCAAUCACCGCAGAGCAGACCUUGCCCCCAUCCGGGAGAACAAAGACUGCGGCAUGUGCGCUGCCAGAAUGCCAUCACCAGGAGAACCUGAUGGGAGCAGCGGUGCGGCGAGUGGCAGCUACUCCUGGCUUUCUACUUCCCUGCGGAGCCGCUGUCCUCCUCUUCUCUGUCGUCUGCGAAGGCACGCUCGUGAUAAGAGCGCCCCCUCAUCUGCUAGCUUGGAGGAAGAUCGUAGCCGUCCUCAACACUUACUGAGAAGAUGGGACGAUCUUGAGCUGAGAGCAUCACAGGACAACAACAACUAUGAGGAAGAAGAGGAUGAGUAUGACGAUGAAGAAGAAGAAGAAGAAGAUGAAGAGCAAGGUGCAGUUGGUUUAGAUUUCUGUGGGAGCGCCCGUCCUCGCCGGCAAGAGGAGGACAAGUUACCUGAAACGGAGGACGUUUCAGUUGGCUGGUCACAACUACGCAGGGUGGCUCCAUUUCAAAACCCCAGCAGCGCUCCUCAAGGUGGCACUGAGAGGCCACCUCCUCGCACCACCACCACCACCAGCACCAGCACCAGCACCAGCACCAGCACCAGCAGCAGCAGCAGCAGCAAGCAAGAAAAGCUUCGGAUUAUUAAGGAGCGGCUACUGCUGGAAGAUUCAGACGAGGACGAAGGAGAUUUGUGCCGAAUCUGCCAGAUGAGGGAGGAGUCUGCAUCCAACCCCUUGAUCCAACCUUGUCGAUGCACAGGAAGCCUGCAGUACGUCCACCAGGAAUGCAUCAAGAGGUGGCUUUGUUCCAAAAUUGGCUCGGGCACUAACCUGGAGGCCAUCACAAAUUGCGAACUCUGCAAGGAUAAGUUGCGCCUGAACAUUGACAACUUUGACAUUCAGCAGCUGUACAGGACACACAUGCAGUCCGAAUAUGACGACUUCAUCAGCAGUGGUCUCUAUCUGGUAGUGCUGUUGCAUUUUUGUGAACAGAGAUUCUCUGAUGUCCUGGGGGCAGUGGAUGCAGCUGGGUUAUUUAACCUGGUGAGAAUUCUUCCAGAAAACAUGGACAAUCUUGAAAAUCCCCACACCCAAACUGACGACGAGAGUGAUGAUGGCCGACCUUCUAUCGAGUUCUCAGACCUGGACGAUGACCUCGAUGACUAUUGAUGAUGAUGAUGAUGAUGAUGAUGAUGACUUUCGCACACAUGAUUGGUUGGUUCAUGGCUAAUGAUCACAUGCACAGGAAAUAUUUGAAUUUUUGAUUUGCAGAUAUGCAAAGUUGAAAUUGAGUUAGUUUGAUUUUCUUUGUAUGAGUCAUUUAUCCAGCGUAAUCAUCCACAAAUGCAACAGUAAAACCGCAAGUGCUUUAAUGUUGGAAAGAGUCCGAGGGCGCCACAGAACAGAGGACGAGAUGGCUGAUUAUGGGUCAGUGACUCCUUUUUGUCCGCUUUCUUGGUGAGCAUUUAUUUCUAGAAUGAUAAACUCACAUGUCCAUUGUCUUUGUUUCAGUGCUGCAGUUAAAAUGUCAAUGGAUGAAUUUAAGUUUUAAUAUGUUUCAUUAUGGGAAUAAAGACUAAAUUAAAAAGCUACAUUUCAGUCUGUUAUUUUGUUUAAGUGUACAGUAGCUGUUUUUCUUCCUCUUCAGACACCCAUACGUAUGUGCGCCAGCAAAUGUUUUUUUAAUCUGAAGCAUUUGUGACUUUUGGAUGGGGGGGGAGUCCCACAACAAUGACGUGCAUCUGUAGCAGUGAUGUCAUGGCUGAGCAAAGAUAGGAUUCAUGUUGCUGGCUGGACUGUAGACACUGAUUUAAGGUUUGGUUCGCACAAUAA